AUGCCCAGACCGACAGCGCCGCUGUCUGACUCACUCCCUCCCCUGAUUUUUGGUACCGCCACUUUCAAUUACCAGUAUAACGUCGAUCCUUAUGCCCUGAGCACCACAUCUCUUGUUCAGAAGGCACUUUCGCAGGGCGUUCGUGCCUUUGACACAUCGCCUUAUUAUGGGCCCGCCGAAGAGAUUCUCGGAUCAGCAUUGGACUCGGAGAUAGUGAGAAGUCAUUAUCCACGAGACCAGUAUUUCCUUCUCACCAAAGUUGGUCGAGUCGCCUCCGACAGCUUCGACUAUUCUCCUGCAUGGGUUAGAGAGAGUGUCCGGCGGAGCUGCAAGCGUCUGAAAACCGACUAUCUCGAUGUUGUCUACUGCCAUGACUGCGAGUUCGUUUCGCCGCAGGAGGUUUUAACCGCCGUUCGUGAGCUGCGCCGCAUUCGAGACGGAGAAGGGACGCUCAGAUAUGUUGGCAUCUCCGGUUACCCCGUCCAUGUUCUGUGCGAAUUGGCCGAAAUGAUCCUUCAGGAGACCGGGGAACCCAUUGAUGUCGUCCAGUCGUAUGCCAACUUCACACUUCAGAAUACCAGGCUGCUCUCGGAUGGUCUUCAGCGUCUCGUAUCUGCUGGUGUGGAUAUUGUGACUAAUGCCAGUCCUUUGGGAAUGGGCUUGUUAAGGAGGAAUGGAACUCCAGUUGGUGCCAUGGGCAAUUGGCAUCCCGCGCCCGAUGCUCUGCGACAAGCCUGCAUUGACGCCGGCAAAUGGGCGGACAGCCAGGGCGAGAAACUGGAAGUAGUGGCGGUGCGCUUUGCUCUUGAGAAUUGGCUGCGGGAGGGUUCCAAGGUAGGGGCAUUGGGCAGUCCGCUGGGUGAUGAUGAUGCCACUUACGGUCGUGCCCUCAAUCUUCCUCGAGAGAGGCUCGGGGUAUCCGUGAUGGGCGUGAGUAAUAUGGAAGAACUAGACGAGACAUUGCGAGUGUGGAGGAGCGUGCUUGACGGUUUGGCUGAUGACCUCGACGCUGAGCCGGGCACCAUUACUCCGUCGGACGCCAUCACCGACCAUGAAUGGUCUCUACUGCGCCGUCAGACCAUUCGUGUCCUUGCGAAGGGUAUCCGAGAAGUCAUCGGACCGCAGUGGGUGGACUAUGCAUGGCCUUCUCCGGACCCCGGAUUUGUGAACAAGUUGCCGGCUCCUGUCACGACGGCGGAGCCUUCUGUCGAGGCUUCUACUGCGUCACCGGAGGCCGCCAUGCUCACACCGCCUUCGGAUGCUGAUGACAACGGGAAGCCUACGGAUGUGCCUUCAUUAACUUCUAUGUCUUGA